AUGGAUUUCUCGACAUAUUCCACAAAAAAUCCGAUUGUCCUGGUGAUCAAGCAGCACGAUUUAGAUUCCACAAACGCAAUUUUGAACCGACGAUGGUCAUUGGCACGAAAUGGAGAUAAACUGCGUCUUUCGGUUAGCAAGGAAUCGGUAAUCGUACCGAUUCAAUGCUAUGAUGCCUUACGACUCCUUCUUCAUCAUCUCGAUAUUUAUCAAAAGACAGGAAUUUCACUCAUGGAGCAUCCGGAAUCACACUCGCUCAAGACCUACGUUUGCGUGGCGUACUAUUACCUUGAGGUGCUUAUGGCGUUCGUUCAAGAAGUAAAGGACGAUCUCCCUCGUGCAGACAAGACAUGGCGCUCGGCUCAUCUAGACUAUCAUUUUGCGAUGGGGAUACACAACAGCGCAUUCACCGAGGACAUGCAAAACGCAACAUUGUCCAAGAUAAACCGAACUUGGGCUGAUUUCAGAAAGAAGAAGGUCUACAGGCCUGUACAGCUGCAAGUCAAUAUAGACACAUACCACGAGACAAUGUGUAAGGGCAAGAACAUGUGCGGUGUUCAAUCCAACAAGCACCUUGUUUCGGUAGAGGAUAUGAUUUCAGCCAUAGUCAAACCACAACAUCUCAGUACGACAACGGUUGUAGCACCAGAUACGACAGAGAAGAAGGUUCGGUUCAAUCGUUCUGCUGACAGCCAUCAGCAGCGGCACUCUAGUUCGACCACCCCCACUAUAAAAACAACCAUCGAAUCGAUAAGCUCAACCUCUGAAAUCGAGCGGGAUGACAUCGAUGAGGCUGCAGAUAUGUUUGAGAUGAAAGCAAAUGGACGAAAAUCACGUAAAAAUGUCAAAGGCGGCCGUCGAGAAAAGGAGCUCCUCGGAAAUGCGACAACAGGUAGAAAAGCUGGCAUGGGUCGCUCCAGCCGCCCACAUAGGAAUACAAACAGUAAGGGCACAGGGGAGUCGGUUACACAGGAUGACAAUGUGGAUGUCUACGUCAACGCUGCUGCACACUCAAUGGGCAUAGGUAAGAAGAUUGUGGAGUCUGACGACGAGCCAACAUCACGGUCAUCAUCAUCUGCCGUGCAUCUACAGCCUCGCGCGUCAAGGCCUGGAUGGACAAAGGGCAAGCAGAAGGCGAUCCUGGAGUCUGAAAACGAGUAUGAGAGCAGUAACGAUGCAACAUAUGGUACAUCUGACAUCAUUUCUGAGGAUGAGAGCACCCAAGCCAAACAAGGAAUGCCAGCUUUAAGUGCAAUGCGAUCAACACAAGUAUCGGAAAUUACCACAACAACACAGAUACGUAAUCGAUUACAACCGGAGCUGUCCAGCUCGUCUAUCACAGGAGCCGAAGAGAUUCCUGAUAUUUCCAAUUCCAAUGACUGUGUGAAUGACAACGCGGCCAACAUCAAGGAUCUGUAUGACUCCGAUGAUAUUAAACUUCCCUCCACCCUUGAUGACUGGGAGAAAUGGCACCGGAUAGCAUUGCACAAAGGCAACUCACAGAUUUUCCUGAAGCUUGGCACAUGGAUUCUGCUUCGAUUCAGACAGUUGACCAAGACUCCCAUUGAUGCGGAUGUCGAUGGGCUGCUAAUUUGCGACCAUCCUGCAUCUUUUGAAAUGGAGGAUGAGGCCGAUUUUCAUGAGGCACUUGGCAUGACAUGUCUGUAUUCUGCAAUCGCCCAUAUUGACACCCAUCCCGAAUACCUCGCACAUAUUUUCCAUGCACUUGGGAAGGCAUCGUCUGUGAAUGGACUUGGAAGUAGCCAUCCUGGUUUGAGACCUCUGCCAGAACUCCCGACGCCCGUUCAGAGCAUGAUGUCGAACGAGCAGUUGCCUUGGUUGCAAACAUUGCUAUGUCACGAGGACAUUCAUACCGACGACGAUGGUGGCGUAUCUAUGGCGCUCGAUGACAUGUCGAUCUCUGGUGGCCACGAUUCAGUGGAACUUUCAGACGAACAGGAGACACAAAAACGCAAGAGGACGGUCUCGAACACAUUGUCACCACCGAAGAUUUACGGCGGCCGUGGUUUUCCAAAGCGUCCGAGGGGCAGUACUACACAAUCAUUUAUUCGCCCCUCGUCACCGGUUGUGGCAUCCACUGGAGCAGCAGCAAGUAAACAACCAAUGGUCAGCAGGAAAUCAACAAGACAACCGGUUCCAGUUGAGGGAGUCCACAUUCCUGCGCCAUCACGAUCUUAUGCAUCUCCUGUCGUGCACGACAAUGACGUCAGUGCGAGCUUUGACACCAAACGCGUCGGUCACAAGAGCGCCCCUAGUGAGAUUACUUCAUGGAGUGAGAGUGAGGAGGACGCUCAAAUGCACAUAUCGUCUGCGUCAGAGGGAAAUGAGGCAGCAGAGGGCUUCGAUGAUCCAACAGAAGACGAGUCUGCCUCUGUGAAUAGCUCGGGUGCUGAGGACAUAGAGCGCACGGGAACGGACAUAAUGGAGUGCAGCGUCACAUCCGAACCAUCAGCAGCUGGUCGUGCACCAGAGCUGGACGAAGACGAGUGGUUUAUACGCAUGUCAAGCAUCUCUCGUUCGCCGAACUAA